AAAUGAUCGCCUCAAGGGAGGGUGGAGCCUCAUCUGGCGCCUCAUCAGAUGAAGAAGACCAAAUUUCAUGGCGACCUGAACCAUACUGCAAAGCAGGCUAUUCUGUGGUGAUCAGCAACAGCAAGCUCUGUGAAAGCACUGAGGAGAAAGCAGUGGUCACAAUGGAGAGUGGAACAGAGUUUUUCAUAUCAAUUGGAAAUAACAAUGAUCGUGCUGCUGAGGUAGACAUCACAUUUGGUGGAAUAUACCUUGGUGUUUGGUUGGUGGAGGCAAAGCAGUCACUAUCUAAUCCACUGAUUAUUGAAGGCUGUACUUGGGCAGCAGGUCGUUUCAAAUUCUUCAGUGCUUCAGAUAAGAAGAAACUACAGCCUAAUGCUGAUAUCUAUGGUGAGAGAGCAGAAGUAGAUGGUUUGAUUGAGCUGAAAUUCAAGCCUGAAGCUGAUACCAUGAAAAUGUUUGUGCAUCAUGUGCGAGAACAAGGAAGUUAUCGUCUUGUUCCAGUAACAGUGGCUGAUCCUAGGACAGCAACUAUUGCUGACUUGAAACAAGAAAUUAAAGGAAGUUGGGGAUCCAGUAUCUCCUGCCUGUUGAAAGGGGGCCAGGUUUUACAAGAAGAAGAAACCAUCAGCUCUUAUGACUUGGGUGAAAAUGAAGUGAUUGAGGUUGUUAAUGCUACAGAGGAACUGACUAUUGAAGCAGUUGGGAGAGACCCAAUCACUCUGAUGGUGGAUCCCAAAAAUAUUUCUGUGAAAGCUCUUAAAGAAUUCAUCACAGCACAAUUCAAAAUACCAGUAGACCAACAGCUUCUCCAGUUCAAAGAACAGGAUGGUGUUGUAGACUCCAAGUCAAUCACUCAUAUGCUUCUUACGUCAAAGAAGAAACCAGUGCUGGUGGUUAGCAGAGAAGAACCUGGAGCCGAAGACUCUAGAGGAUUGGACACCAGUGCAAGAUCUUGCGAAGAUCAAGGGAGCCGAGCUGAAGACAGCUGUAAACUGAAUGAGGAAUCUAAUGACUCAGGAGACAAUGACCAGAAUGGUGUUGCUAUUCUCUAUGGAAAUAAAGAAAGUGUUUACAAACAAUUUCGAGAAGAUGCAAUGGACCGAAAGUUUUCAAGGAAGAAGGCUGUCACACUUUUUAUUCAGCUGAAAGAUAAGAGCAAGAAAGCUGCAAAUGCUAAAACCAAACCUGAGCCCAAGCCCUUUGAGCAGCCAGGAACCAGUUCGUCUAGACCAAAAGGAUGCAUGUCUUCUCUUUACCCACCUGAAACACCUGACUGAAAUCCUGAUAUGCUGCUGGACUAUCAUUUAACCCCCUACCUCCUAGAAUUAAUUGACAUUUAGGUCCCUUUGGUAUCAAUGCAUCAUUCAGCAAGCAAACAAGUGAUGAGAAUAUAUACCUUAAUAUAAUUGCACAUUCUCCUAACCCUUUCACUCCCAUGUGUAACCAAGAUAAAAUUUCUCCUAAAAAUGUAGUCACAAUAUCAAGCAGACAUGUGUUGAGAAUAAUGAAAAAUAUAAAUUAGGGGAUUAUUAGUUGAUCCAAAAUCAAAUUCUCAGAACUAACAUCGUCAGAAAUAUAUAGUGGACCGUCAGGAGAAUUACUAAUGAGAUCGUGGGAGUGAAAGGGUUAAUCAGUUUACAAGAAAGUUUAUGGGCGCUAAAGUGAGAAUUAUGAAGUAGAUCACAGAAGUUAAAAUGUGACCAUGAAGUACUGUUAUUUGAUACAAUAUAACCACUAGUAUGAUAAUUGUUAGGAGUGGAAGACUGUUAAUCAAAAUAUUUACUUUUAAGCUUAUGGUGACCUAACAAUGUUUUAAACGUGAUUUUGUAUUUUUUAGCCAAGUUUUAACUAGAAAUGAUUUUUAAGAACUCCAGUUUGGUGAGAGAUAAAAACACUUGUACUUAAUUGUAUUAAUCUAGGAUUCUCCAAGUUUAUAUAAUAGUCAAAAAGUGGUUUAGUGUGAAUGGAAACAGUUUUCCUACUCUGAUCAGAUAUCUUUAGAGCGCUCAAAAACCCUAGUUCGUACCCCACCCCCCCACCGCCACCCACCACCACUUUGAGGUCAAACGAUUCUAACACAUAUUGAUCAAAGGAUCGAAGAUUGAAGUUGUGGGCGUGGCAUACCCAUCGAUACUAUUAUAUGAAUGUUAUGGGAAAGUUUUUCCUUUUUUAGCUUGUCAGAGUGUUGGGGAAUUGAACCAGCCACCUCUUUGGGUAAAGGUAGUGAAGUUUUUGCAAGCAGUGUUGCAAAACCCUUCAAAUUCAAUUUCUUUAAGUUAAAGAUUACUGUAAACUGCCUACAACCGACGUUUUGUUACAGAGCUCAAAAAAGCUGUGAUUGAGAAACAUAUUUUACUCGUCAUUGCUGUAGUUAAUUUUUAAGCCCAUCUAAAUGCGUGUUAUAGAGUUGUUUGAGCCCAGGGCCGAUAAGCGAUAGAGUAAAGGAAAUGAGCCCCUUUACACAAGCAAAAACCUGUAUUGGUAGCCCAGCCAGACAUCUGGCCCUGAUUUGAAGACUGGAUAACCCUAUCACCUGGAGAAAUCUCUAUCAAGUGGAUAGCACAGAGCGUUUUGUCAGUAAGCAUGUGCUGGAUAGAAAUUUAUGCAAUGAAUAGCGUCAACUGCCCUUUGAACAACUGGGCCCCAGAACUUAAAAUAAUCAUUGAAAUUGUUGGUUGGUAAAAGUUGUUUUCAAUGCAGAUAAAGAUCGUUUACAAGCUCCAAUAGAUAUGUAAAUUUAAAGUAGACUGAUUAAACUAAAUUUAAAAGGUGAUUGAGCAGU